CCUCCCCUUUAAAAUUUUUUUUAAAAAGUUUAAAAGAGCAUGUUUGAAACAUGACUCCUUAUGUAUUUUCUCCAUUCAUAUUAACACUAUUUAAUGAUUGGCCAGGCAAGUGUGUGUUGCUAAGUACUGCUGUGAAAGUGGUGUGGAAGAAAGUCCUUGUUACAUUGAGAAAGUUCCAGAAGCAGUCUCUCACUUGACGAGUGUUAUGCCAACAGUAAAUGACAGGUAGGUCCUGUUAUAUUCUCAGAUAUGUCCCAGCUGUGCUACCCAGGUUUAUGGUUUAUGAUCCAUCUUUCAAUCUGGAUCUGGAAAUAGAUAUUAUUACUUCUUCACAUACAUUAUCUCUUUGGAAAAAAAAUCUAACGUGGUAAGAUAUGUGUCACAUUGGUGAGUGUAUACAAUGAAAUGUUGUUUCCCAUGAAUAAGAGAACUUAAACAAUGAAAUCCCUUCUUUUACAAGAAAUUUAAAUGAACUGUUCAUCCAUUUCUAGACAAUGUACAGAAAUAAACCAAUUAUUUACUGUUGAUGAUACUGUAAGCCUGGGUAAGUACAGCUUGGGACAGUCUCAGAUUUUCUGAUAUAUCUUUAACUUCCAAUAGUCUGUUGUGUCUUCUAGUGAAUCUAUACUGCAUGGAGCGAGUCUCUUUUGCGUGAAAGAUUUUGUUGUGAACCGCACACCAAAUGUUUUCUCUCUGUCAUGUGGCACUGAUGCUAAGAAGGCGGCCAAACUUUCUUAGCAUCAUGUCGGUACUUCUCAAGCAUCCAUGUUAUACAUGAGUAUCAAUAAGAAACUUGCAAAGAACACAUACUAACGUACCUUCCAAUUUUCUUCCAACAGCAUCCUUCCUCUGAGAAAACAACGGUUAGCACACAGGACAUGGUGCAGGGUUGCUUGAAAAGAAACUAUUGGCCAAACAAAAACUGUUAGCUCUUGUCCAUAGCUUGUUCAGACUGUAAACUAAUGUAUUGGCUAUAUGAGUAGGAACCACAGAAACAACUUUGCCUGAAGUAGUCACAGUAUCAUUCAAAAAGCUUUUGAAAAAAAUACUCUUAACAGCAAUUUGUCAAGAAAACAGCCAACCUUUUACUUUAGAAAGCACGUCAGAACUGUAUGUACCAGCUGUAACCAAACGCAUGCCGAAGGAGUCAGAAAAAUAACAUCGUAAGCUUCUGGCUUUUAAAUGUGAUUGGUGUUGUCCAAAUUUGCUCUGUCUCGAAGUGUAAUUUGUAGAUUCAUUGUGAUAGUUGGUAGGUCCUUGUUGUGGUCUAUUAACUCCUUGAGGUAAUAUGUUUAGGCGGAAGCCUGCUCUUUGCAGAUGCGGAAGAGUUGGUAGCGAUGGUUUGAGGCCGUUGGCAGGACACAGUAGGUGGCAAGACUCCCGACCCCACGGUGAGAACGUACCAGGAUGUCAUGCGGGAGGCCGCUCUCAAGAAAGAUGAGCGUGCAGUGCGGGAGGAAAUUCUACAGAAGCAGAAGACAGGAGAUCUGCAAGUCAACAAAGUGGCAGAGGAGAAGCCCAAAGCCACUAAGAGGCGACGCUGGGACCAGACAGGUGAUGAGACACCUUCUGCCACACCCAAGAAGAAGAUGUCCAGUUGGGACCAAGCUGAUACUCCGUCCCACACCCCAGCCCAGACCAGAUGGGACGAAACCCCCGGUCGGCCCAAAGGUGGAGAGACACCAGGUGCCACACCUGGCCAGAGCACACGGAACUGGGCGGAGACACCUGCACAUGCCACACCUGGAGCCACCACACCUGGCCGUACACCUGGCCACGACACACCGGGAGCUGGAGGGAUGACGCCACGCGCCACACCCAGCGCUCGGAGAAACAGAUGGGACGAAACCCCCAAGACUGAAAGAGAAACCCCUGGACAUGGCAGUGGGUGGGCUGAGACUCCCCGUACCGACCGUGGAAUGGGUGACGGGGUGAUCUCGGAGACACCCACACCUGGUAACGCGAGCAAGCGGCGCUCCAGGUGGGACGAGACACCUGUGGGAACACCUGGGCCGGCCACGCCCAUGCUGGGACAGGGCAUCACCCCGACAGGACCAAAGGCCAUGAACAUGGCCACCCCAACUCCAGGUCACAUCAUGCAGAUGACUCCAGAACAGAUGCAGGCGUGGCGCUGGGAGCGGGAGAUUGACGAGAGGAACAGGCCUCUGACAGACGAGGAACUUGACGCCAUGUUGCCUGAGGGGUACAAGACCUUGGCUCCCCCAGCUGGCUACGUUCCCAUCCGUACCCCGGCCAGGAAGCUGACAGCCACUCCCACACCCAUGGGGGGUAUGACAGGCUUCCAUAUCCAGGUGGAGGACAAGAGCCUGAAACAGCUGACAGAUCAGCCUUCUGGGAACUUACCCUUCCUCAAACCAGAUGAUGUGCAGUACUUCGACAAGCUGUUGGUGGAUGUUGACGAGUCCACCCUCAGUGCUGAGGAACAGAAAGAGAGGAAGAUCAUGAAGCUCCUCCUGAAGAUCAAGAAUGGCACUCCACCUAUGAGGAAGGCUGCCCUGAGACAGAUCACAGACAAGGCGCGUGAGUUUGGGGCCGGCCCGCUGUUUAACCAGAUCCUGCCCCUGCUGAUGUCUCCCACGCUGGAGGAUCAGGAGCGCCAUCUGCUGGUCAAGGUGAUCGACCGCAUCCUGUACAAGCUGGACGACCUGGUGCGACCCUACGUGCACAAGAUCCUGGUGGUGAUCGAGCCGCUGCUCAUCGAUGAGGACUACUACGCUCGUGUGGAGGGCAGGGAGAUCAUCUCCAACUUGGCGAAGGCCGCCGGCCUGGCCACCAUGAUCUCCACCAUGCGUCCCGACAUUGACAACUUGGACGAGUACGUGCGUAACACCACAGCGCGUGCGUUUGCCGUGGUGGCAUCUGCUCUGGGCAUCCCGUCCCUCCUGCCCUUCCUGAAGGCCGUGUGCAGGAGUAAGAAGUCGUGGCAGGCUCGCCACACAGGUAUUAAAAUCGUGCAGCAGAUCGCCAUCCUCAUGGGCUGUGCCAUCCUACCUCACCUCAAGAACUUGGUGGAGAUCAUUGAACAUGGUCUGGUAGAUGAGCAGCAGAAAGUACGUACCAUCACUGCGUUGGCCUUGGCUGCCCUGGCUGAGGCUGCCACACCCUAUGGCAUUGAGUCGUUUGACAGUGUUCUCAAACCCCUCUGGAAGGGUAUCCGCCAGCACAGAGGAAAGGGUCUAGCCGCCUUCCUGAAGGCCAUUGGUUACCUGAUCCCCCUCAUGGACGCAGAGUACGCCAGCUACUACACCCGUGAAGUGAUGCUCAUCCUGAUCCGAGAGUUCCAGUCUCCUGAUGAGGAAAUGAAGAAAAUUGUGUUGAAAGUAGUGAAGCAGUGCUGUGCUACAGAUGGUGUGGAGCCCCAGUACAUCCGGGAAGAGAUCCUGCCGCCUUUCUUCAAACACUUCUGGCAGCACAGGAUGGCCCUGGACAGGAGGAACUACAGACAGCUUGUAGACACGACAGUGGAGAUCGCCAACAAGGUUGGUGCAGCGGAGAUCAUCAGUCGCAUCGUGGAUGACCUGAAGGACGAGGCUGAGCAGUACAGGAAGAUGGUGAUGGAGACCAUCGAGAAGAUCAUGGCCAACCUGGGGGCAGCCGACAUCGACUCCCGCUUGGAGGAACAGCUCAUCGACGGCAUCCUGUACGCCUUCCAGGAACAGACUACAGAGGAUGUUGUGAUGCUGAAUGGUUUCGGCACCAUUGUGAAUGCCCUGGCCAAGCGUGUGAAGCCCUACCUGCCCCAGAUCUGUGGUACCAUCCUGUGGCGUCUGAACAACAAGGCAGCCAAGGUCCGUCAGCAAGCCGCUGACCUCAUCUCUCGCAUCGCCGUGGUGAUGAAGACCUGUCAGGAGGAAAAACUGAUGGGCCAUUUGGGAGUGGUACUUUAUGAGUACCUGGGAGAAGAGUACCCAGAGGUUCUGGGUUCAAUUCUCGGUGCCCUGAAGGCCAUUGUCAACGUCAUCGGCAUGCAGAAAAUGACUCCCCCCAUCAAGGACCUGCUGCCACGCCUGACACCCAUCCUGAAGAACCGUCACGAGAAAGUGCAGGAGAACUGCAUCGACCUGGUGGGAAGAAUUGCAGACAGAGGUUCAGAGUUUGUGUCUGCUCGUGAGUGGAUGAGGAUUUGCUUUGAACUGCUGGAGUUGCUGAAAGCCCACAAGAAAGCCAUCAGGAGAGCAACUGUCAACACAUUUGGCUACAUCGCCAAGGCUAUCGGCCCUCACGAUGUGCUGGCCACACUUCUCAACAACCUGAAGGUCCAGGAGCGACAGAACCGCGUCUGCACGACAGUUGCCAUAGCAAUCGUGGCAGAGACGUGCUCCCCCUUCACAGUCCUCCCGGCGCUGAUGAACGAGUACCGAGUCCCCGAGCUGAACGUGCAGAACGGCGUGCUGAAGUCGCUGUCCUUCCUGUUUGAGUACAUCGGUGAGAUGGGAAAGGACUACAUCUACGCCGUGACUCCGUUGUUAGAGGAUGCCCUCAUGGACAGAGACCUGGUUCACAGACAAACGGCUUGCUCAGCCAUCAAGCACAUGUCCCUGGGUGUGUACGGGUUCGGCUGCGAAGAUGCGCUGGUCCACCUGGCCAACUACGUGUGGCCAAACAUCUUCGAAACAUCGCCUCACGUCAUCCAGGCUGUCAUGGACGCACUGGAGGGGCUGAGAGUAGCACUGGGGCCGGGGAAACUCUUACAGUACUGUCUGCAGGGCUUGUUCCAUCCUGCGAGGAAGGUGCGCGACACGUACUGGAGAAUCUACAACAACUUGUACAUCGGCGGCCAGGACGCGCUCGUGGCAGCCUAUCCCAAGGUCUCAGACGACGACAAGAACACAUACACCCGUCACGAGCUCACAUACUUCCUCUAGUAGUUUCCCAAAAACGGCAUCAGGAUAUUUCACACUUUCAAGUUCACUGUCCAGAAAUUGUAUCACUUUAGUCAUCUAGCUGGCCGCUCAUCUAGUAUUCUCAACAAAGAUAAAUGCUAACAUAAAACACUCUAUGAGUGUCUUGUACCACAUAAAUGCUGGUACAUAGGAAGAUAUACGAGUGAUAAAUGUUAGCCCAUCCCAAAGCUCCAGUCUAGUUACAGCCUGUUAGGCCUUAUUUUCCGGUCAUACCAUCUAAGGAUAUAAAGAUACACCUAAGAUAUUAUUUAGUUCGUGUUACUGUAAGUGUUACUGCCAAAAUUGAUAGUUACAUGAAUUGUCACCAGCUUUAAGCUUAGCCCAGACUUUCUUUGUGCUUGAAAAAAAAAGAAUCCUUGAAACAGCAUCCGAGAUGCUCAUGCUGUUUAAUGUACAUUACAGGACAUUUGGUAAGUAGGAAAUUUUAUCUGUAAUUUUCAGUAGGAUAGCUUUAGACAAUGGGUCGUAUUUAAAAAUGAUGGAUGACACAUAAAACAGCAAAGCAUCUGUGGAAGUGUUAGUUUACAUUGUAUGUUAUCUUCUAAACAGAUUGCUGGUUCCUAAAAAGCUGAGAAAAUUAAACGUUUUGAACUGUUCUGGCAUUUUUUUUCUCACUUUAGAGAAACAAUUGUGGAUACAAAUGGAUGAUGUUUUAUCCAGCAAAGACCAGCUGUUGCUUUGGAGGUUGCAAAAAAAAUGUUACAUUUUGAACUAAUCAUGAACAGGACUUUUGCUAGCCGUUCUAUGUAUGUCGACAUAGCUUGCAUACCUUUUGUAUAUAUAAACACCCAAAUCCCCAGUAUGUAGUACAGAAAUGUGUUUGUAACAGAAGACAUUUGUCCCAACUGAUUAGAACUUCUUUUUCAAAACCUAUGGUUUUGCAGAUCUCAAUAUGCUGUCUUUCAAUUCGGGGAAGCUGACACCCAAAAAAGACUUCCAAUGUGACUUUUGUAGGAAAUUGUACUCGGAUCUGGUCUAACAUUAACAGUUAUAAACCUAACCCAGAGGAAUCUGUGUAUUGUGGCGUCACAUACAUGACUUUGUUAUUACAAGACAGUUGAAAUAUUAUAAUGGGGCAUUGGGUCAAAGCUCUCUUCUGUACAAAAUAAAUGUUGAAGUCUGCA